AUGGAGUCCCCCGCCAUACCGGUCCCGCUGGAUCCGCGGGAGCAGCCCAUCCUCGAACGCUUGCUCCGCACCCGCGAUUCCCUCCUGCUCCUCAAACAAGACAAAUCGUCUUAUAUCAAGUCUCGUGAUGUUCUUCCUCUAUACGAGGAGGUAAUCGGAGAAGUGGAAAAGCUCAAUGCAGCUCGCAAAGACUUGGACCGCCGCCUGAUUCAUAACCGAUUGGACUAUGUUUUGGAUGAUUGUUUCCAGUUGAUUUCCUUGCUGUUCUUAACGGUGGGCAAGAAUAACGAGGCGCCGGCAGUUUACUCACUGGCAACAACCAUUCAGCGCCUUCUUGACCACCUUGAUGAGGCUGGCUUUUAUAGUUCGAAGGAUUUGAAUUCGAUCACGAAGACCCUCGAAUCGAUGCGGGAAACUCUCGAUCGCGGCCGGAAUACAUACUCACCGGCUCUUCUUACACUCCUUGAAAGUCGAUUGGAACAAUGCCGGAUUUCUUUAGAGAAACUACAGAAAGGACUUGCUGUCCUGGCUCCACCCUUGGCCCAGACUCAUGAAACACUGGUUUCUAUCCUGCGUUCCACCUCUGCAGUCAACACCCGCUCAAAGUUUUCAGCCACGGAAGUCAACAGCCUUCGGGAUCAGCUGAAGAAGAUCGAGAACCAGAUGAAGGAUGGGAACUUUGUGGAUGCCGAUGGUAAUAUCCUUCCAGGCCAGGACGAUCUUAGAUCUCUGAUGCAGCGAUGCUGGCGGUGGACGGAAAUUGUUCUCGAGCGCCAAGGCAAGGUCCUGGAGCGCUUUCAGGACCAAUAUGAACGCCUGCUCGAGAUUCGCAAUCAGCUAGAUCGCUUGUCAGUUACGCAGGCCUGGUCACUGCGGGAAACGGAUCUUUUUGGAUACCAGCGCAAGCUUGAUCGAAUUGAUGAGGCUCGCGUCAAUGGCAACUUUGUUGAUGCUGAAGGACAGCCUGCCGAUCUUCACGCGCAGCGGACACUGCUUUAUCUCAUUCGACGAAGCUAUGCAUACAUCUACGCCCUUCUUAUCUCCUCCGAACCCGUUUCCGAGGCCUUGCUACCGGUCUACAACCAACUCCAGACUCUUCGUCGCUGUCUGAUCGAGGUUAAGGAGUCUGGUGGUGUUUCAAACUCGAGGGAGCUAUAUCCUUACAGCAUGAAGCUCAAUUCAAUCGACAACAUGCGCAUUGACGGAAAGUUCUACGUUGGCCCCGACAUUCCCGAGGGCCAAGGAAGUGUGAAUUCCCUGCUUGCAGAAUGUUAUGAUUAUGUUUGGGAACUGCGGGCCGCCGUUGCAGAGGAUGAAAACCAGGCCUAG